AUGUUCAUUUAUAUUUUGACACACUUCUUUUAUCUUCUCUUUCUCCAUCUCUCUCUCUCUCUCUCUCUCUCUCUCUCUCUCUCCCUCUCUCUCUUCGCUCUUUUUGUCUCUCUUUCACCGUUGUGUGUGUGUCUCUCUCUGCGCUCUGUGUGUGUCCCUCUCUCUCUCUCUCUCUCUCUCUCUCUCUCUCUCUCUCUCUGCGCUCUGUGUGAAUGUUUCUCUUUCUCCGCUUGUUUCUCUCUCUCCGCUCUGUGUGUGUGUCUCUCUCUCUCUCUCUUUCUCUCUCUCUCUCUUUCCGCUCUGUGUGUGUGUGUGUCUCUCUCUCUUUCCGUUCUGUGUUGUGUGCGUGUCUCUAUCGCCCCGCUGUGUGCAUGUCUCUCUCUCCCCGCUCUUCAUAUGUGUGGGUGUCUCUCUCUCCGCUCUGUGCGUGUGUCUCUCUCUCUCUCUCUCCACUCUGUGUGUGUGUCUCUCUCUGCUCUGUCUGUGUAUGUGUCUCUCUCUCCCUCUUACCACUCUCACCGCGUUCUUUAUCUCUCUCUCUCUCUCUCCGAUCUCUGCGUUUUUUUCAGUCACUUUCCCUAUUUUUCUUUGCAAUUUUCAUAA